GUUUUCAAGGAGUGUGGAGUCUUAACGAUAUUAAUCUCUGGAGAAGCUGACGUGGCAUUUCAAUGCGUUGCAGGAGCAGAAAAUCGAGAAGUAGGAGUAAAAGCAGAAUCAGAGACAUCAGUAGAAGUAGAGGUAGAAGCAGAUACAUUAGCAGAAGCAGAAGUAUCAGAACCAGGAGUACAACCAGUAGCAAAAGUUGGAGCAGAAGUUACAGCAUACGAAGGAGCAGAACCAGAAGUACAAGCAGGAGCAGAAGCAGAAACAAUAUCAGAAAUUGGAGCACCAGCAGAAGCAGAACCAGAAGUACUAGCAGAGGCAGAAGCAGAACCAGAAGUAGUAGCAGAUACAAAAGCAGAACUAGAAGUAGUAGCAGAUGGAGAAGUAGAACUAGAAGUCUAAGUAGAAGAAGAAGUAGCAGAACCAGCAGCAGAAGUAGUAGCAGAAGCAGAACUAGAAGUCGAAGUAGAAGAAGAAGUAGCAGAACCAGGAGCAGAAGUAGUAGAAGAUGCAAAAGCAGAACUAGAAGUUUAAGUAGAAGCAGAAAUAGCAUCAGAACCAGAAGCUCGAGCAGCAGGAAAAGUAGAACCAGAAGUUGCAGCAUACGCCGAAUCAGAACCAGAAGUAAAAGUCGAAUCAGAAGUACGAACAGAAGCAGCAGCAUAGGCAGAAGAAGCGGAAACAAUAUCAGGACCAGGGGCACGAGCAGCAGCAAAAGUAGAAGUAUUAACAGGAGCAGUAGUAAAGGAAAAAGCCAAACCAGAAGCAGAUCAAGAAAUAUUAGCAAAAGUCCAAGCACUAAAAAAAGUAUAAACAGAUCCAAUAGUAAGAACAAGCAGAAAAAAAUAAACAAGAACAUAAUCGAAAGCAAUAUCAAAACCAGGAGUACUAGCAGAAUCAGAAGUCAAAGUUCCGGUAAAAACCAGACCAAAGGCAUAAGCAAAAAUAUUCGCAAGAGUGGAAGCAGCAGAAGCAAAGACACCAGUAAACCUAGUGGCGUAGGUAAAAGUGGAAGCAGAAAGGAAAAUAAUACCAGAAGUAGAAGCACAAGUAGAAAUUCUAGCAGAAGCAACAGUAAAAGCAGAAGCCAAAGAGGAUCCAGAAGCACUAGCAGUUGGACCAGUUCUAGCAAAAGCAUAAAAUGCAUAAAACAAAUCAGAAGCACAAGCAAGAAUAAAAUCAAAAACGAUACUAAAAAUAUUAAAACUAUCAGAACUAGGAGCGUCAGCAGAAGUCGAACUUCAAGCAAAACCCAAAUUCGAGGCAUAAACAAAAAUACUGCAAGUACAAGCAAAAAUACUGUAAGCACAUCAGGGAGAAAUAUUAGCAGAAGCAAAAAUACUGUAAGCCCAUCAGGGAGAAAUAUUAGCAGAAGCAAAAAUACUGUAAGUACAUCCGGGGGAAAUAUUAGCAGAAGCAAAAAUACUACUGCAAUCACAAGCGUUGGUAAAAUCAAAAGCAAAGACCGAAAAUGUAUCAACAGUAGGAGUCCAGGCAGAAACUCCAGCAGAAGGAAAAGUAGAACCAGAAGUACAAGCAGUAGCAAAGACUCCAGCAAAUGCUUAAAAAGCGUAAAACGAACCAGCAGCAUAACUAAGAAUAGAAGCAGAAAUAGUAUCAGAACUAAAAACAGAAGCAGAAGUAUCAGUUCAGGAAAAAACAGAAACAUAAGCAAAACUACUGUGGAAAAUAAAAGUAGUAGCAUUAGAAGCAGAGGCAAAAACACCAGUGGAACAACUUGUGUUAGUAAAAUUAAAAGCAGAAACGGAACUAAAAUCAAAAGCAGUUGCCAAAGCGGAAGCAAAAGUAGAACCAGAAGGACCAGCAGUAGCAACUCCAGUAGAAGCAUAAAAGAAACCAGUGGUGUGAUAAAGAAUAAAAGCGGAAACGAUUGUAAAGGCAAAAACAGAAUUCGAACCAGGAGCACUACCAGAAGUAGAAGUCUAGGCAAAAGAAAUAAAAGCAAAACUACUGGCAAAAGUAAAAGUACCAGUAAUCUUAGCAUUGCAAAAAGGGGAAAGAAAGUCACAUCAAGUAGAAAUCUUUACAGUGGUAAAGGCACUAAUAGAAGCACUAGCGUUGGUAAAAGCAGGAGCAAGAACGAAAAGAGUGUCAGAAGUAGGAGUUCAAGCAGAAGCAAGAGCGAAAAGAGUGUCAGAAGUAGGAGUUCAAGCAGAAGCUAUAGCAGAAGGACCAGCAGUAGCAAAACCAGAGGCUCCAGCGAAAGCAUAAAACGAACCAGUAGUGUAAAGAAAAAUAGAAGCAGAAACAAUAUCAAAGGUAGGAGCCCGAGCAGAAAAUUCAGCAGAAGGGAAAAUAGAACCAGAAGGUCAAGCAGUAGUAAAAGCAACAGCAGAAAUAGAGACAAUGGAAUAGUAAAGAGAACUAGAAGCACAGCAAGCAGAAACAGAAGAAGCAUAAACUCCAAUACAAGUAGAAGCGAAGACAAUAACAGAAGUAGGAGUACAAGCAGAGUCAGAAGUUCUCUGUCAGAGUUCUCACAAGGCAGAAAGAAUAGCAGAUUCAGAAGCACAAGCAGAAAUAGUAACAGAAGGAGAAAUACUAGCAGCAGCAAAAGUAGAAGUAUUUGCAAACGCAAACGCAGAAAUAGUAGCGAACGCAAAAGCCGAACCAAAUUGAUAAAAAGUAGAAAUAUUAGCAGAAGCAAAAGCACCAGUAGAAGCAGAAGAACCAACAAUUGCAGAACCAGAAGUUCCAGCGAAAGCACAAACCGAACCAGUACUAUAAGCAAGAAACGUAGUAGCAACAACAUCUGGAGUAGAAGCAGCAGCAUUAUCAGAAGUAGGAGCCCAAGCGGAAAAUACAGCAUAAACAAAAGUAGAAGUAGAAUCAGAAUCAAUAUCGGAAGAAGGAGAAGUGUUGGCGGAACCAUUAUCAGCAGUAGGAGUAUAAGCAGGAAUUCGAGUAGAACCAGAAGUGGAAGUAGAAGCAGAAGUAGUAGCAAAAGCAGAAAGAUUAACAGAAGCAGAAAAAGAAGUACAAGCAGAAGCACUAACACAUCUGUCAGCAGAAGACGAACCAGAAGCAUAAGCAGAAAUAUCAGAAGCAGAACCAGAAGCAUCAGCAGAAGCAGAUCCAGAAAUACUAAAGGGAACAGAAGAAAAUUUACAAAAACCGUAAGAUGAAUACAAUAACACCUAUUUCUUAGUUAUCAAACUUUCAGUUUUUUUCUGUUUGUCACUACAUUACGACACUAGGGAUUAUUCUUAAUACCAAUAAUCUCCCAAACCGAAAGUUCCAGGAUCUAUUCAAUAGAUUCUAAAAAUUCAGAAAUAGCAGAAGGAAACCUUCCCGAUUCACUAGAUGCUGAAGAUUCAGAAAUGCCAUCAGAAAUUAAAUUUCCCAAUUCAAAAGAUUUUGAAGAUUCAGAAAUGCCGGAAGAAAACUCUAUCGACUUUGUAUAAGGAUGGUACGGAAAAUAAGAAAAAUCAAAUUUUCCAAAUUAUCACAAAGUACUAAAUUAAAAAUUUGUUGUCUACAAUAUUUUAAAGUUGAAAAAUUUUAAAAAUAAGAAAACUAAAUUGAAAAAAUAAAUAGGU